AUGUGGUUGUCCACUCCUCUGCUAUUAGCCUGCUUCGGGUUCCUCGGAAUCUUUGCUACUGCGAGCCCCGUUCCCAUACCUAGCAUUCCAAAGCCAGUCAAGCCAUCUAGCAAUGGCAGAAAAUGCACGGUCACGGCACUUGGCAACCAAGAAGAUGAUGUCACUCAGAUUCUGGAGGCAUUCGAGGAAUGCAACAACGGUGGCACUGUCGUUUUCCCAGAAGGAGAGAAUUACUACAUUGCCACGAGGCUCAAUCCCAUCAUAUACGAUGUGACGAUUGAAUGGCGUGGGCUGUGGACGUACUCGCACAACCCAAAUUACUGGCGCAAUAACUCGUACUCCAUUGCCUUCCAGAACCACAACGCCGGCUUCGUCAUCACCGGCGACCGCAUCGCCAUCAACGGCUACGGCACGGGCGGCAUCAAUGGCAGCGGAAACACCUGGUACACCGCCGAGGGCGGGGACACGCAGCCGGGGCGGCCGAUGCCGUUCGUGUUUUGGAAUGUGAGUGAGGUUGUCGUGGAGCACUUCUACGUCAAGGACUCACCACUUUGGGCGCUCAACAUUAUGAACGGGACCAACAUGUGGUUCGACGACAUCGAAGUCAAUUCGACAGCUGCCAAUGCACCAUAUGGUGCCAACUGGGUCCAGAAUACUGACGGGUUUGACACAAUGGAUGCUAAUAACAUUGUGCUGACUAAUUUUCGCUACCGCGGGGGCGACGACUGUAUUGCCAUCAAGCCGAGGUCGUACAACAUUUCUAUUCAAAAUGUAACAUGCCAAGGCGGCAACGGCAUCGCCAUAGGCAGUCUGGGACAGUACCUCGAAGACUCUUCCGUCGUCGACGUGCACAUCAAAGACGUGGAUAUCCUUACCGUCAACGAGGAUAUGCACAAUUCAGCGUACAUCAAGACGUGGAUCGGCGAACUGGCUCCGCAGGAUGAUUACGAAAGUGACUACUUGCCUCGAGGAGGUGGAUGGGGCGUGGUAGAGAACAUUCGGUUCGAGAACUUUUACGUCGAAGGGGCGGCUAUUGGGAUGCAGGUCGAUCAGGAUAGUGGGAAUAACGGCUCUUUUUCGGGCACGUCCAAUAUGAAGGUUUCAAAUAUCGCCUUUGUCAACUUCACCGGGUGGACCAACAGCACCUCGGGCAACCGCACGGCGGCGGUGAGUUGUUCGGCACGACAUCCGUGCUACAACGUCAGGAUGGAGGAUAUAAGUCUUGCCACGACGGAGAACGGAUCUCCGGCGAAUGCAACGGGAACCUGUAAACUCAACGCGCCAGGAGGUGUGCACGGGAUGCUUGGGAGUGGUUGUACGUCAUCCUGUCGGACUUAG